UUGAUGAUUUUUCACACACCCCUUUGUUGUAUCCAGGAUCAUUUCAAAUCGCAGUCGGAAUCGGAAUCGGAAUCAACUACGGCCAACUGGCCAACAAUCUCCCGCCCCCGUCCGACGUACUCUCUCUCCUCAAAACCCUCAAAGUAACCCGAGUCAAGCUCUACAACCCCGAUUCCGACACCCUAACCGCAUUCGCAAACACCGGAAUCGAAUUCAUGGUCGGCGUCCGAAACGAGGACCUCCAAAGAAUAUCCGACCCGACCCAAGCCCAAUUAUGGGUCCAACAAAACAUCCGGCCCCACACCCCGCAAACCAAGAUCACCUCCAUCUCCGUCGGAAACGAAAUCCUCGGCUCCAGCAACAAUCAAUACGCCCCGUUUCUUCUUCCCGCCAUGCAAGCCAUAAGCGGGGCCCUCGGUAACCUCGGCUUGAGCGAUGACAUCUAUGUGACAUCAGCACAUUCGUACGCCAUCCUGGCGAACUCCUACCCGCCUUCUUCCGGAUCCUUCAAGCAAGAAUUCGUUGGGGAUAUAAAAGGAAUUCUUGAUUUCCACUCGAGGACGAAUUCGUCUUUUCUCAUAAACGCUUACCCGUUUUUCGCUUACAAAGAUAAUCCAACGCAAAUACCGCUCAACUACUCGAUUUUCGAGCCCAGCAAGGGUAUGACGGACAACGUCACCAAUUUGCACUACGAUAACAUGUUGUACGCGCAAAUCGACGCGGUUUACUCCGCAAUGAAAUUGUUGGGGCAUACGGAUGUUAGGGUUAGGGUUUCCGAGACAGGGUGGCCGUCCAAAGGUGAGACAGACGAGGUGGGGGCCACUACGGAGAACGCGAGGUUGUACAACGGGAAUUUGUUGAAGCGGAUGGAGAAAGAUCGAGGCACUCCCGCGAAUCCCGAUAAGCCGAUAGACAUUUACAUUUUUGCCCUUUUCAAUGAGGAUUUGAAGCCCGGCCCCAUCUCCGAACGGAACUACGGAUUGUUGUACCCCAACGGAACUCCCGUGUACGAAAUAGGGUUGCGUGACGAUGGCUCCCACGGUUAUGUUCUUCCGCAGAUGGAGUACUCGUCUUCGACUAAAAAUGUCAUGUUCUUCUCAAAUGUGUUUCUUCUUUUAUUGAUGUGUUCUUUAUAGGUAAGGAAUUUUAUUGAAUUCUUGAAAUUUCUCAUUUUCACAUAAGGGUGUGUUUGGGAGGUAA